AGCAUACUAAGAAUCAGUAACACAAAGAUGGAGAAACACGGUGCUAACUGGACCCUUCUCCUGGUGCUGUGUGGCCUCCUGCCACUGAACACUCAGGCUGGCAGGCAGAUGUCAAAACUCUCUAACAAGAAGUUAUGCGCCGAUUCAGAGUGUAGCCAUCCCAUUCUCAUCGCUAGAGCUCUGCAGGAUUAUUACCCUCAAGACUGUCGCUUCAUUCACAUCCACCAAGGCCAGUCUGUCUAUGUGUACGCCAUGCUGAAAGACCGUGGGAAUCUCUUUUGGGCUGGCAGUGUUCAAGGGUCAUAUUAUGGAGAGCAGGAAGCUCGUCUGGGAUAUUUCCCCAGCAGUGUUGUUGAAGAGACACAUGCCUUACUGCCUGCUGAGGUUGAGGUCCAGACUGAUAAAUGGGACUUUUACUGCUAUUAGGAUUGUGUGCUGUCUCGGCUGGAACAUAAACACGAAUUUUGAUUCCACUCUGCACUUUAGACACUAGAUUUCUUAUUUCUAGUAGGCAACUCAAAUUAAAGAUUUCUUACUAAACAUAUAGAUCAGUGACAUUAGACUGUAAAUGCGUGUUGAUGCAAUAGUUUGAAUAAAGCUGAGCUGCUGCUAUUUGGCUGCUUGCAAGUGAUCACUGUU